UUUCAGCGAGCUUGGAGCCCGAAGCUGCGUGGAUCAGAAAACUAAAUAGGUCACAAGACUGACGGAAAAAUACUCAAAUAGAUUUUUAUUACAAGAAAAGGUUUGGAUUCGCCAAACUUUCUGUUCGCCAAAUAUCGGCUAAGAGCAAAUGAUUUUGAUCGGUUGGCCAUCUCUGAUGCGGUAUUCCAGUGCAGGCCCUGGUUGAUGUGAAAAGUGAUCGCCUUUUUUCACUGCGACUGCAAGCUAAACAAACCAGAACAUUACUUUGUGCUCUCUUAGAAUGAAAAGGACAAAACGAGGUGAUGAAGAGCAAGAAGGAGUUGGAGGAGGAGGAGGAGGUGGAGGAGGAGAAGGAGGAGGAGGAGGUGAUGGCGGUGGCGGUGGCAGUGUGAGCCCUGGACCCCUAGAGCAACGCAAGAGGCUGCGUGGACUUGACUUGGACGAAGACACCCAACCGGAGCAGGAGCAGAAGGAGGAGCAGGAGCAGGAGGAGGACCUAGAUGGGGAGCAGGAGGAGCAGGAGGAGGAUUGCCGCAGCUGGGGCCACCUGCCGCAGGAGAUCCUGCUCCAGAUCUUCCAGUACCUGCCGCUGCUGGACCGCGCGUACGCGUCGCAGGUGUGCCGCAGCUGGAACCAGGCCUUCCACAUGCCCGAGCUGUGGCGCUGCUUUGAGUUCGAGCUCAACCAGCCCGCCAGCUCCUACCUCAAGGCCACGCACCCCGACCUCAUCAAGCAGAUCAUCAAGAGGCACUCCAACCACCUGCAGUUCGUCAGCUUCAAGGUGGACAGCAGUACGGAGUCUGCGGAGGCGGCUUGUGACAUCCUCUCUCAGCUGGUCAACUGCUCGCUGAAGACCCUCGGCCUCAUCUCCACAGCGAGGCCCAGCUUCAUGGAGCUGCCCAAGUCUCACUUCAUCUCAGCGCUCACCGUGGUCUUCGUCAACUCCAAGUCGCUGUCGUCGCUGAAGAUCGACGACACGCCGGUGGACGACCCGUCUCUGAAGGUGCUGGUGGCCAACAACAGCGACACACUCAAGCUGCUGAAGAUGAGCAGCUGCCCACACGUCUCCCCAGCAGGUAUCCUGUGCGUGGCGGACCAGUGCCACGGGCUGCGUGAGCUGGCGCUGAACUACCACCUGCUGAGUGACGAGCUGCUGCUGGCGCUGUCGUCGGAGAAGCACGUGCACCUGGAGCACCUGCGCAUCGACGUGGUGAGCGAGAACCCCGGCCAGCACUUCCACUCCAUCAAGAAGAGCAGCUGGGACGCCAUGGUGCGCCACUCGCCCAAGUUCAACCUGGUCAUGUACUUCUUCCUGUACGAGGACGAGUUCGGGCCCUUCUUCCGCGACGAGAUCCCCGCCACGCACCUGUACUUCGGCCGCUCCGUCAGCAAGGACGUGCUGGGCCGCGUGGGGCUGCACUGCCCCCGCCUGGUGGAGCUGGUGGUGUGCGCCAACGGCCUGCGUCCGCUGGACGAGGAGCUCAUCCGCAUCGCCGAGCGCUGCAAGCAGCUGACGGCCAUCGGGCUGGGCGAGUGCGAGGUGUCCUGCAGCGCCUUCGUGGAGUUCGUCAAGAUGUGCGGCCGCCGCCUCUCGCAGCUGUCCAUCAUGGAGGAGGUGCUGGUGCCCGACCACAAGUACGAGCUGGACGACAUCCACUGGGAGGUGUCCAAGCACCUGGGCCGCGUCUGGUUCCCCGACAUGAUGCCCACCUGGUAGACCCCGACAUGAUGCAACAUGAUGCCCACCUGGUAGACCCCGACAUGAUGCCCACCUGAAGAUGCCAGGGAGGGGGAGGCGUUCGUACUCUCACCUGUGGCCCAGGUGACCACCUGCCCCUCUCCCCCCCCCCCGUCUCCCCCAAUCUCCCCCCGCAAUGCCCCCCCCCCCCUUUUUUUGCCCUUUUCUGCUAGAAUGAAUGAGACGAUCGCUAUGUUGAGUGGUCCACUUCAAAGCUCCACUUCAAAACCGAUCCUCCCGAUGUGUUUUUCUUGACACACACACACACACAUACACACAUCUACAUACACACAUAUAGAGAGAACUAUUCAGACUCUGCUAUGGUAUGUUUGGGUGUGGCUUGAUUCUUCAUCAUGAGGUGUGUGUGUGAGUGUGUGUGUGAUCUGGGCGGACUUUUGUAGCGUGUAUUAUGAGUGUGGCUUGAUUCUUCAUCAUGAGGUGUGUGUGUGAGUGUGUGUAUGAUCUUGUCGGACUUUUGUGACGUGUGUUAUGAGUGUGUGGGAGGGGAGAGAUGGGCGUCGCCGCUGAGCUCCAGGAUCUCAGAUGGACCAAUCAAACUCCAUGGUCAGACAGGACUCUCAGCUCAUUGGUCAGAUUGGAAGACCUCAUGGAGAUGCAGAUCAGUUGAACCUGAGGGAGGGAGGAGUGAUCCAGCAGUCCCACGCAGGGCUGUGAUUGGCUGAAAAGACUGUCUUUCAUUGGAAUGAGUUUUGAUUGGAUUAGCAAUUGGUGUGGAAUUGAUGCUAGUGUAGGAUCUCACUUCUGGGAAGUAUCUGGAAGGUCUUUUAUUAUCCAUUUGGAUAUUUGGAUGUCUAAAUCAUAAUAUAGCACUUUUAAGAAGAAAUGAAGAAACAAUUUAAUGAAAAGCAAAAUGUUUCAUUGUUUUGUAUAUACGUUAGGUUAGCCUAAUCCUUGACUCUGCAGCAGAUCUGAUUGGUUCUGAAGUGUGUUGAGUCGUCGGCAGGAUAGCUGCAGGAAGCCAGGAGAAUGUUGGUUAAUCCCGAGGGAAGAGAGUAGAACUACGCGGCACCACCGUAUCACCGAUCCCCACGCCUGGGUCUGCAUCAGAGACGGAAACUCACCUGGAUUUGAACGCUUGUGUGAUGAACCCACGGGAAGCUUUCUGGCUUUUGUCUCGCUCGCAAGCCCCAUGUCCGCUUGUUAGCGGCAUUAAUGGCGUUCCUCUUUGCUGAUGUGGGAGAUGGUUGGUGCCUCACGGCGUACUCACACAGAAGCUGAGGAUGACUCAGCUAUUUUUAUACUGUACAUAAAUAAUGUGGGUGGACUUUUUUUUUUUUUUUUUUUCCCCUCUUCUUUUUUGUCCUGGAAGAGGAUGAAGACACAAAUUCCUGUCCAGCUGAGGUGGCUUUCCUGAGCCUCGCAGAUCUUACCAGUUUCUCAUUUCUACUUGCAGAUAUGAUGGAGAUUCUGUGGGCUCCCCCCCCCCCCCGCCCUUCUAUUGCCCUCGCCCCGCCCCCCCGCCCUUCUAUUGCCUCCGUACCCCCCCCCCCCCCCCCCGCCCUUCUAUUGCCCCAGUGUUCCCACUACAUCCCUCCCUCGUUCCCAAGACCAAACUUGGCUUGAUCCCGUGUAAUUUAUUUGGUGUAAAACUGCUUUUUGUAUUCAUCAGUGGUUUGUUUUGAUGAUGAUGAUGAUGAUGAUGAUAUUGAUGUGUACAGUUUCCAAGUGAGGUACAUGUGUAUAUACAUGUGUGCAAACGGUCUCAGUUGUUGUGGAUAUAUAGGCCUGCCUAAUAUGGGAAGGAUGCUUUGUGCAGCUGUUCCCACUCUCCUCCACUAGAGGGGGCUUGUGUGCCGGUUUUGACUGCUCCUGUCAGAACAGAGCAGCUUUUCUCUUGUAGAAGCGUGUAGGUUUGCUGACAUCACUGUAAAUAGACGCUACACGUACACUCACACACACUACACUAUGUCACUGUGAUGGGACGGAUUAACCUGUUUUUUUCCAUGCCUACUUCAGAGACACCAUUUCAAGGUGCCGAUUUAUUUGUACCUUUUUUUUUCGUAUUUCACAAAUAGGCUACAAAACAGAAAAUUCUGAUCUAAGAAAUAUUCUCAGAUGUGAUGGACAGACAAUAAAUGGUAUUUCAAUUCUUUCUUUUUUUAAAAGAAAUCAGCAUCGAAAUAGGCAAGUCAGUCUUGUGGGAAUCUGGGAUGAGCUGAAAGGAAGUUGAUCUGUCCUCUGAGCUUGGCAUGCACAACCUUUAACCUUUGGCUGACCUUUGAUUGUCCAGGGUCAAGUAUGUCUCCAUGGCAACGUAGGAAGUCGGUCAUGUGACCCUCAGAAUCAUUUACUCGGUCCCUCUGACAUAUCUGUCCAUACGGUGGGAUGCAGCCCUCCAGACAUCACAAUUCAAGCUACAGUAUACUGACGCCUCUAAUUUUAGAAGUGUGUAGAGAUAUGGAUAUGCAUUUUGUUUUGUUUUCAAGUGGAUUACCCCUGCACUUUAUAUAGAAAUGUAUUAUUCCAUGUGUACAUAAUAUAUGACAGACUGAUGUAUAAUGAUAGUAGAGUUGCUCUCGGCGCUGUGUUCUCUGCAGCUGUAAGUGAAGAGUUCUGUACGAGCUUGUACUAAGGCGAUAUACUUUUGUUUAUUAUUCCUUUUGCUGUCCUUUACUUCUGGCUUGUUGAUUGAGCUCUUUCUUGUACGUUACAUAAUAGAGAUCUAUCCAGAAAAAGCGCUCGUCCAAUAUUGAGGAGAGACAUUUUUGUUUGUUUUCAGUUUUGCUUUUUUUGAUUUUGAAUAAAAAAAUUUGUGAAUGUAUUAAAAA